AUGGCCCCGCCGAAGAAGAGAAUCAUUUUUCUGACAAACAGCGACUAUGGACAGGCUAACGUUGUUCUAUCCGUCGCCCAUGCUCUGGUUCAUAAGUCUCAGGAUGUCGAGGCUCACAUUGCAUCGCAGGCUCGUUUGAAGGGACCGACAUCCCGCCUAGUCAAACAGCUGACUGCGGACCUCGGCUCAGUGGCGGUGGACGCCGUCAAGUUUCACGAGGUGGCUGGUUUGUCACAUUUCGACUCUGUCGAUAGACCUGGAAACCCUACGAUGGAAACUUGGCUGGUGAACCCAAACUUCAGCAAUGUCACUCGCAAUAUGCUCAACAUUGCCGGCCUUGCUCUUCCGUGGAGCCCCGAAGAGUUCGUCGAGAUCUAUCGGGAUCUCGAGCGCAUUUGGAACGACGUUAAGCCAGAUGUCACAGUUGCAGAGGCAUUCUUCGCGCCGGCACUCACCUUUUGCAACCGCAUCAAGAUGAACUGGAUUGUACUUGCUCCAAACACGAUCAAGGACUUUGCUCUGCCACUUCAGCCAAAGAUGGCAAUGCUGUGGAAGUAUCCUGUCAUAUGCUCGAGCUUGCCGUUCCCAGUCCCACUGCACCUCAUUCCUUUCAAUGUUUUCUACAACGUGGUGGCUGGCGUGACAGUUUCAACCAAUAAGCGGCACACUAGAGUCUCUGGGUAUCUACAUAAGGUCAUUGGUCCGGACACUCAACUCUUGACGAUGAACCAACUUGGUUUGGUUAAGGCACCUCCCGAGGGUCUUCGUCUUCUCGUGGCCAAUAGCCCAGACAUCGACUUCCCUUUCGAAGUGCUCCCGGAGUUCAUUACCCCUUGCGGCCCCAUUACUCGCGCUGCUCCAGCGAUAUCAGAUACCACCCAGGAUCCCGAAAUGGCAAGUUGGCUUAGCAGAGGCCCGACAGUCUACAUGAACCUAGGCACGCAUCACUUCUUUGACGUUCCAUUAGCCAAAGAAGUAGUCCUAGCAUUCCGUCGCCUGUUUGAUCUUGCCAAAUGUUCCGAGCCUUUGGGUCAGGGCAACUUGCAGGUUUUAUGGAAGAUGCCUCGGAAGACUUCAGACGGAGAUGAUACCGAUCCCUCAAGCACCGAUUUCCUGGGUCCUUGGAAGGAGAUCAAAUCUAUUCUGAGCCCAGAAAUGGACAACGAUCAAAUCCGCAUCUUAGACUGGAUCAUCGCCGAGCCGAAGUCUGUCCUUGAGUCAGGAAACGUGGUCUUGUCCGUGAAUCAUGGCGGCUCGAACUCAUUCCAUGAAGCAUUUUGCACCGGUAUACCCCAGGUUGUUUUACCUGGGUGGGCAGAUUGCUACGACUUCGCUCAGCGUGCUGAGAUUCUUGGCAUAGGGAAAUGGGCCAACCGUAAGGCGAAGCCAUACUGGAAGCGCGAUGAAUUUGGAGACUGUCUCGAGGAAGUUCUGUUUGGUCCCCAUGCCAAGAUGAUGCAGGCGCGGGCAAAGGAUCUGAGCAAGCGACAUCCUGAAGGCGCCGGUCGGUUGAAGGCAGCAGAGGAGAUUCUUGCGCUGCUGGAUGGGCCGAAGUUCGGGGCGUAA